AAGAUGGUGCUAGUGGAGCACGUUGUGGCCGACGCCGGGGCCUUUCUGCGGGAUGCGGCGCUGCAGGACAUCGGGAAAACCAUCUACACCAUCAGGGAGGUGGUGACUGAGAUCCGUGACAAGGCGACCCGGCGGCGCCUCGCUGUCUUGCCCUAUGAGCUGCACUACAAGGAGCCCUGCCCGGAGUACGUGAGGCUGGUGACUGAGUUUUCCAAGAAGACCGGUGAUUACCCCAGCCUUUCAGCCACAGAUCUCCAAGUGUUGGCCUUGACAUAUCAGUUGGAGGCAGAGCUUGUAGGAGUAGCUCACCUGAAGAAGGAUCCAGAAGCAAAGGUUACAGUGAGCUCCUCAACACUACAUCCGGAGAACCCUCUCCACAUCCCUGGCUUCCACCUGCCUUCAAAGCCCCGACUUCCAGAGGAAACAGUAUGUGCUGUGCCUGACACUGCCGAGCCUGCCGAGCACCUCGAGUAUAACUCCUUUCUGUUCUGGAGAAACCCUUUACCCAGCAUCGAUGUUGAGCUUCAGGAGCUGAUGGCUGGAGAAGAGCAGAAUGCUAUAAGUGAGGAAGAUGAGACUGGGAGCGAAGAGAGGAGUGAAAGCAGUGCUGAGGGGGAUGAGGAUGGAGAUGACGAAGAUGAAGCUGGAGGCUGGAUAACACCAAGCAAUAUCAAACAGAUCCAGCAAGAACUGGGACACUACGAUAGCCCCGAUAAUGUCCAGGUUGGCUGUGUGACCACAGACUUUGCCAUGCAGAAUGUUCUGCUCCAGAUGGGGCUCCAUGUGCUGGCAGUGAAUGGGAUGCUCAUCCGGGAGGCCAGAAGCUACAUACUGCGUUGUCAUGGCUGUUUCAAGACCACCUCCGACAUGACCAGGGUCUUCUGUGCGCAUUGUGGAAAUAGAACACUGAAAAAAGUGGCCGUGACGAUCAACGGCGAUGGCAGCCUUCACAUGCACUUCUCCCGGAACCCCAAGGUGCUCAAUGCCCGCGGCCUCCGGUAUUCCCUUCCUGCCCCCAGAGGGGGGAAGCACGCCAACAAUCCCCACCUGACCGAGGACCAGCGAUUCCCACAGCAGCGACUGUCGCGAAAGGCCAGGCAGAAAACCAACGUGUUUGAUCCUGACUACAUAGCGGGGGUGUCUCCCUUUGUGGAGAAUGACAUCUACAGCCGGGCGGCCACGCUCCACAUCCGAGACGGCGCGCUGGGAGCCGGAAGAAGGCGGCUGAACCCCAAUGCUUCGAUGAAGAAGUUUGUGAAAAAGAGGUGAAGGAAAUAAGGGGAGCCCCAGGAAUGAGCCUGAAUGGCUGCCACGGAAGUGCCCUUCCUCCGCUGUCCAUUUUCAGAAGUUUCUGAAAGGCAAGAAUGGAGCCUGUGUGUGAAUCCAGCCUUGAUGGCAGUUCUGUUAGGACGUGGCAUCUGAGAUGAAAUUGAAUUUUGACUUUAUUUCCAAUGAAUUCGGGACUGCUUGCUGACUUGUUGAUGUUGGGCUAGCCUGACUUUGUGCCACUCUAAAUAAAAUUUGUAAAGAAAGGAAAGAAGAGUGUCCUGCAGCACUUCACUAUUCUCUUGUGCCUUUCAAAAAAGGAAUUCCUAUCUUCCAGUAUUUUUCUAAUAAAUAUGCUGUUCAUAGAC